ACCGUUUGUGUUUUAUUUUAACAAACCACAUAGCUAAUAUACAAAUGUAGAUCUUCUAAAAAUUAAUAAUGGAAUUAGUUGCAUUAAAAAUAACAAAUACACAUGAACAACACCAUUACUUUAAUUAAUUGUCAUUUGUAUGAAUGACGCCAGCGAGUUAAACUUUGGCGCCACUGUGCGCGCAUGAGAGUAUUGUGAGAGACCCAACCCAGCGUAGACCGGUCUGAAGUGCAUCACAAAUCAGUAAAAAAAAUCACAACACCCAAAACAAAAAAUGGGCAAAAAAAUGUUGGUAACACCGGUGCGCUAAAAAAGCUUGCAAACUUCACGCACCUAACCUGCGCUGGACAUCGACUCGUCCGUAUCUCUAAACUCUGGGAAAAUGUAUAUUGAUUUUUCAAAGAAAAGUCAACCGAUGUAACAAAACACCGUUCGCGAAGUGUUUAUACGCGAAUAGAAGCGCCGCGGUCGAUGUGCAGUGUCGUCGAGAUGGUGCGACGGUGUUCCUCGUCGCGUUUUGAGUGAGAUCGGAGAGAGUGUUGCGUCGCUCGGCCGACGGCCCGGAGCCCGGCCGCGGCCAGGGCCUGGGCGCGCCAUGGACGCCGGCGCUGCUGACCCGCUGCGAGCGGCCAGGCCGGAGGAGGGCGAAGAGAAGCCGAAGCCGACGGAGAACCAGGACGACGGGUACGAGACGAGCAACAGCGGCGAGGCGGCGCGCCGCAAGCCCUCCAGCGCCGAGGGCUCCCCCGCGCCGCCCGCGCCGCCCUCGCCGCCCGCGCCGCCCGCGCCCGACCCGCCCGACGCGCCGCCGCCCGGCGCGCCCGAGCCGCACGACGCCCGCGACGCGCACGACGCGCACGACGCGCACGACGCGCCCUACGAGCCGCUGCUGCGCGCCUACCCCGAGCCCGAGCCCGACUACCGGCACUUCGAGCCGCCGCCCGCGCACCCCGCGCACCACCCGAGCCUGCCGCACGUGCCGCACCACCAGCCGCACCAGCCGCUCCAGCAGCACCCGCAGCACCCGCAGCACCAGCAGCACCAGCCGCACCAGCCGCACCCCGACGCGUACCACCACUUCCCCUUCCCCAAGUACUCGGAGCCGUACGGCUUCAAGCGCGAGCCCGAGGCGCCGUACGACAUGAGCCAGCACCACCAGCAGCACUACGGCAAGCGCGACGAGGAGAUGUACAACGGCGUGAAGCGCGAGUGCGAGGACCCCUACUCCUUCGUGGAGGAGGACGCCAUGUGCGCCAUGAUGGCGCCGCACGCGCCGCACCUGCACGACGCGCACGCGCACCUGCUGCACGCGCCGCACCAGCAGCUGCUGCUGGCGCAGCCCAAGAAGCGCGGCCGCAAGAAGAAGAUCAAGGACGAGAACGGCAUGGAGAUCAAAGCCGACGGCGUGCUGGACGGCAUGGUGCGGCCGGUGAAGGAGCGCAAGAAGCACGACCGCUUCAACGGCAUGAGCGAGGAGGAGGUGGCGCGCCGCACGCUGCCCGACCACCUGGCCGAGAACCUCGACAUCAUCAUUAUCGGCAUCAACCCGGGGCUGUUCGCGGCGUACAAGGGACACCACUACGCCGGGCCCGGGAACCACUUCUGGAAGUGCCUGUACCUCUCCGGCCUCACGCGCGAGCAGAUGAGCGCCGACGAGGACUACAAGCUGUUAAACUUCGGCAUCGGGUUCACGAACAUGGUGCCGCGCGCGACGAAGGGCUCGGCGGACCUGACGCGGCGCGAGAUCAAGGAGGGCUCGGCCGUGCUGCUGGAGAAGCUGCAGACCUUCCGGCCCAAGGUGGCCGUGUUCAACGGCAAGCUCAUCUACGAGGUCUUCUCGGGCAAGAAGGACUUCUGCUUCGGCAAGCAGCCCGACACCAUAGCUGGGACUAACACGUACAUGUGGGUGAUGCCAUCCUCAUCGGCGCGCUGCGCGCAGCUGCCGCGCGCGGCGGACAAGGUGCCGUUCUACGCGGCGCUGAAGAAGUUCCGCGACUUCCUCAACGGGCUCGUGCCGCACGUGGACGAGGCCGAGCUCGUGUUCCCCGACACCACCUCGCGCCGGCCGCAGGAGGAGAUGGAGAUUCGCAGACUGACGAUGGAGCCGGAACCCGGGGACACGAUAAUCCUCGAGGACGGCACCGAGGUCCCGCUGAAGAAGAAGCGCGGCCGCCCCAAGAAGGUCAAGCUGGAGAACGGCGAGACCGCGCCGCCCACGCCCCGCGCGCCUCGGGCCCCGCGGCCGCCGCCCACGCAGGACCCCAACGGCGAGCAGCCGCCCAAGAAGAAGCGCGGCCGGCCCAAGAAGAUCAGGCCCGAGGAGCAGCAGUUCCUCAUGCAGCAGCAGCAGCAGCAACAGCAACAACAGCAGCAGCAGCAACAACAACAGCAGCAGCAGCAGCAACAACAGCAGGCGAACGCGAUGAUGCAGCCGCAAAUGUCUGGGCUACAGGGGCUGGGCCACGAGCAGUACCUGCACGGCGAGUUCCAGCAGGGCAUGCUGUACCCGCACCUGCAGGAGCCGCCCUACUUCCAGCCGCCCGCGCCCGCGCCCGCCGCGCCCGCGCCAGGCGGCGGCAUGGACGGCGGCAUGGACGUGGGCGGCGGGCUGCUGCGCUACGGCUCGCCGGGCGCGGGCGCGGGCUACGCGUCGCCGCGCGUGUACGCCUCGCCGCGCUCGCAGGGCUACUCGCCCGGGCCCGCGCGCCCGCCCGGCACGCCGCAGCCGCAGCAGUUCCCGUCGAGCCCGGCGGCGUUCUCGGCGCCGUCGCCGCCGCGCGCCGGCGGCUACGGGUCGCCGGCGGCGCGCCAGUUCGCCGCGCGCUCGCCGCUGUACUCGUCGCCCGCCGCCUACAGCGCGCCCAGCCCCGCCCACACGCCGCGCUACUCGCACGAGCCGCUCUACCGCGAGCCGCAAGGCCCGCAGGGCGGGUCGCGGCCCUACUCGCGGUCGCCGGCGCCGGGCGGCGGGGUGGGCGGCGUGGGCGGCGUGCCGGCGGGCGUGGGCGGCACGACGCCGUUCCCGGCGGCGUCGCCGGCGGGCGGCGCGCUGAGCUACACGCCGUCGCCGGCGCACACGCCCUACUCGCAGCACUCGUCGCCCGCGCCCGCCGCGCGCACGCCGACAUACACCGACUCGCAUGCCUUCAACCAGGGCGGCAGCGCCAGCAACACGUCGGGCUCGGGCUCGGGCUCGGGCUUCGCGGCCGAGCUGCCGGCCGACAUGGGCGCGGGCAUGGGCUCGCCGGCGCCCUCGCCCGCCAUCACGCUGGACUUCGAGCCGCCCGCGCCCGCCUCGCCGCUCAGCGCCGACCUGCAGCCGCCCAGCCACAGCGACGACUCGCUGGAGGACUACACCAAGAACACGUCGACGCAGGGCGAGCUGGCGGGCGAGGGCGCGGCGUUCGGCGGCGCGCUGUACGAGGGCUCGCCGCGCCUGUUCCCGCCGCACCUGCACCACUCGCCGCAGCCCGACAAGGAGCACUACCACUACCGGGACCGCCCCGACAUGGGUAACGGCCUCGCGGACAGUCCGCGGUUAGACCAGCUACAUCAGCAUCCCUCCAUGUAUCCUAGCAAUUUUAAUAGGUCGACGCCUCCCAGCGGCGGCGGCGGCGGCGGCGGCGCGGGCGCGGGCCCGUUCUCGCCGGCGCCCGCCUUCCGCCCGCCCGACCACCAGCCGCACACGCCGCACCACCACCACGCGCCAGAGUCGCCGGGCGAGUACGGCGGGCCGGGCACGCCCAAGCCGAAGUCGCAGGACGUGGCGUCGAAGUCGCUGUCGGGGCUGGAGUCGCUGGUGGACCAGAUCCCGUCGAUAGCGGAGGGCCCGGCCGGCGGCGGCGGCGGCGGCGAGGCGGCGGCGGCCGUGGCGGCGCCCGCGCUGCCCGAGUACGCGCCGGCGCUCUACCCGCCCUACGGCGCCUACUCCACGCCGCCCUACGGGAACAACGGCUACGGCGCGCCGUUCGUGGGCUACGGCGGCGGCUGGGGCGCGGCGGCGGUGAUGCGGCCGACGCCGGGCUACCUGUCCGAGUGGCAGUACGGCUACACGCCCGUGUCCGCCGUGCCCGCCGUGCCCGCCGUGCCCGCGCCCUACGCGCCCUACAACGCGCCCUACUACAACGGCUACACGCCGCCGCCGCCCGCGCACCACCAGCAGCCGCACUACCUGCCGGCGCCGCCGCUGCUGGAGCUGCACGCGGGCGGCGAGCACGCGGCCGGCGUGCCCGCCGUGCCCGCCGUGCCGUCCGUGCCGUCCGUGGGCUUCGGCGGCUUCUGUUAGCACCGGACUGAGCGAGCCGAGGAUAGCAUAAGGGUUUUUUUACAUUUUAGUUAGUGGAAUGCGAGGCGCCGGCGCCCGGCCCCGAAUCUCGGCGACGUUCGCGGCGUGAGUAGCGAAUUGGACUGAUGUCGCUCGACCGGCGGUCGACGCGCCCGCUGCGACUCGUGAGGCGAUCGUCGUGAUGUAAUUUAAUCUUUUUCAAACUGAUGAGCUUAAUUUGUAGGGUUUGUUUGUAAAUAUUGUACGCGUUCUGUUCGGAUCCAUCGCGCCCUCGUUUGACCGAUCGCCGGACGCGUCGCAGGCCGGGUCCGUCGAGCGCGCGGAGGCGGCCGAUCGACUCGAAUAUUGAUCAUUAUUAUCGGAGGUGAUGCCCGAGUUUGUUAAAAAAGUCUUGCCAAUGAAAUGUUUCGCGUUCUAGUCACUUACUGAUUCGUGUCGGCUAGUCAAAAGUGUAAUAUCGAUCGCGUCCCCGCACUCCCGCACGGAUCGCUCGAGUGAAUCAUGUUUUAUCUAAGUCACAAGAACGGCCUAUGAGAUGUAUGAUGUAUACUUUUUUAUUUAGGUUUAGUUGUACGUCGCGAGUGUGACGCUAUUUAUAAUUCAAUUUUAGCAUUUUUUAUACAUAUUAACUAUAUUUUUACUGUCGCUACGAGGCGGCCAUUUUGUCAUCGCGGUCGUUGACUCCGGCCGAGAGGCGACGUGUGAUACUGUUGGCUCAAUUGAUGGAAACUCGUCGAUCUAAUAAUAUGCAUAGACUCAAUACACAUGUCACGUGAAGUUAUAAGAUACGAAAUGUGAUGAUUUUGUUCAUUAUAAUUGUUUAAAAAAGUACAGCAAACUCUAUUUAUAUUGCUGCUAUCAUUUCAGACUGGCAUUUAUUCUCAUUAUUCAAAAAAAUCUAUGUCUGUUAUUAUUUUGAUGUAUAAACAAAACGGCGAUCACUGCCAGGAAGGUUGUCCGGAGUCAGCGGCCGCGCCGCAUUGUCAUGGACUCCUUGCAUUUGACUAAACGUUACCCGAUCAGUUACAUAGCUUCGGAUCGCUAGUGAUAGCAUAAUUUUACAUAAGAUUUAUAACCUAUAUUUUAUUAUACACGCGCCAUUUUAUUGUAAGUCUGUCGCGCCGCGGAGCUCGGUGACAACUCUCAAGAUUCCGCGAUUACAAUGACGCAAACUUAACCCGAGGCAGGAAAAUACAUAUUUUACCUUUUUAUAAAAAAUGAAUUAACACUGUCAAGUGUUGUAAAAAACUGCUGUUGUAACUUUAUAUUUAUGACGAAUCUGAGGUCAAAUGGCAAACUUUUGAUGUCGUGGACGUUUCGAACGUGCCCGCGCGAGCUCCGCGGCGCCCGACGCGCUAGGUUUAGUUGUGUAACGACGCAUAAUGACGUUUCAGGUGCUCAUGGGUUCGAUUGUUUCCUCGCAGUUGCCAUUCGGCGCUCUGUCGCUUGUUCGAGGUCUUGUGUUGUUGGUCUCUCUCCCCGUCACGUGACCGGGCGUGAGGUCCACGGUCGGGGUUCCGUCGCGACCCGCUUACGGAGAUGUGUUUCUACGUUAAGCGUCAAUGAGGGGUGGUUUUAAAAAAUCUUGUACAAAAUUCUUAAAUUAGUGAAAUCGAAUCUUUUCUUUGCACAAACGGUGAAUAAAAAAAUCUUAAAUAUAGGCUAAGAAACGAAAUAACAUACGUAAUAAAGACAUAUACGUUAAUGCUAGGUUUACUGGAAAGAAUUUAUAUUGUAGUGUUGGGUGUGUCGCCGACCACACCGCGGCCCGCGCUCCCGCCGCGGCUCUCGACUGAUCUGAGUGAGAAAUUACGUCAAUUUAGUAAAAUUUAUAUUCCUCAAGAUUAUUUUCUCGCUGAAUGGGGUGGUUGACUGGGUUUUUCAAAAGUUAUAGAAAAAUAUAUUUUAUUUUAGGAGUCAAAAAUCUUCUUCGAAGUUUUCGAAUGCUAAAAAAGUAGGUCACCGUUUUUAGUCAGCAGACGUGGCAGAUAGGCGUUUCAUUUUUCUUCGCUCUAUCUCGCAAAGGAAUUCGUCACAAACGUCCGAAGUGAAGCGUGGGAAACUACCCUGUUGCGUGAUGCGUUUAGUUACCGUUCCGUUCCGGCGGGAGCGCGCGCCGGGAGCCCAAGCGCCGUGUCGCCGGCCGGCCGCCCGAUGCUGUGCGCGCGCCAUACACAAGUAGUUGCGGUUCAAGUUUCGUUCCAACUUUACAAAUUUAACAAACAAGUUUUUAAAGUGUUCUAAAAUUACUAUUGGUAAAAACACUAACUUUGUUUGAGUGCGAGAUGUAUUGCUUAGGCAGUAAAUUAUAUGUUUAUUUAUUGUAUGUUGCGUUGGGUAACGUACAGAUGAGAUGUAUAAAUUUUACUAAAAAACUACUUUUGUAUGGGGCUCGCACACCAGGCGGGCUUCGAGCCGCGCCGCUUCGACACGUCUUGUUUCUUCGUCUUUCAGAAGGGAAAAUUAUAAGUUAAAAUGAAAAUGAAAUCAACAGGGUAUUUAAGAUUGCUUAAGAUUUAUUAUUUUAUAUUUAUUAUAUGAUUUUUGUGUGCCUCGCGCAGUUGUGUUUAGUGUUACUGAUAUUUUUUGAGGAUAAGCGACGAAUGAUCGCGGACGGCAGCUUACGAAUCCGCACGAAUCGAACUUAAUCACUAUGUACUUAAUAAAAUACAACCCACAUAGGGAAAAAUAAACGCUGGAUGUUUAGUUUUUAUUAAUAGUUUAAAAGUUGUUGAGGUAAUCGAAGCGGAUAUCCCAAAUAUAAGUUGGGCUUUGUGUGAAGCGUGUAGCGUGCGCGCGCCGCUGCCGUCCGCGACCGCGCGCCGGCGCCGACCCGCCCCCCACAGGCUGCAAUGAACUCAUGUUUUUUCAUUCAUUAUUAAACAAAAUAUAAAUAAUCUACCACUAAUUUUAUUGCAAAAGCUAUAUAAUUUUUCUAUAAAAAUAUGUAACAGUAUAAAACCACACAAACAAUGCGGUUGUGACAGUUUUACGUACAUUCCUGAAUUAAAGAAAAAUCUUCAGUGUUUCCAAUCAGUAAAAAUUAAAGAACUGACACUUUCAAUAAUUUUUAAUGUUGUCGAUGAUUCUUACCACAAGUUUAUUGGCUCAAAUAGUCAAAUUACUUUACUUUUAAAGUAACGGGAUAUCAAUUUGGAAGUCAAAGAUAUACCUACAACUACGCACCAGUAAAUGUUUACCCGCGCCGCCUGUGAGGGCCGCGUCACCGCCGCGUCACUUGCGUUUGUACAUAAUGAGUGCUUUAUUACGCUUUUGAUAUUAUAUUUUUAUUUAAAUCUACAUUUAUAUUUCUAUAUUUUUGCUUUUGUACAAUAACGAAUACGUGUGAUCGAGUUUUGCGUUUGGUUUUUCACUUGGCGAUCGCGUGGCCGUCGUUCUCUCUGUUUCGAACUUAAAUCAAUCUUUAUGUACUUACAAUAAUUGUAGUCUGUGAUAUUUAAUCUUGUGGAGUUAUUUUUACAGUAAUUCGUGAAUUUAUUUCUAUGAAGAGGUUUUCAUCAGUUUUCAUCAUUUGUUAUUUUUAGAUGAAAAGGCCAGUGAAUUUAAGUAAUGAAUUUUUAAAGUGAGGAACGACCGCCCCGCGACCGUCUUGAUGUAUGUUGCUAGUUAUUUGAAUUUGGAAAUGGUGUUUUAUUAUUGUUUGUGUUGCCCGUGACCGAAUCGCUCCGCCGUAGGGAGCACUAUCAACGCGGCUCGCCAGCACGCUUGCCGGAAUGAUCUCAAACUAAUUAGACGAUUUAAGCUUAAUUGAAUGUCAGAUUGAUUAGUUGACAAAUUUUGAUUUGUGUGUUUAGUUUACUAGAACUUGAACGGGGAGUUUAUGGUCACGGGCAACAUGUUAAGCCAUUGGUACGUUUCGCCAGUAAUCUCAGUUGUAAACAAGGCCUACGCGCGCUGCCGGCGGCGCCACCCGCGCCGCCCGUCUCGAAUACUUGUGAUUGUUUCUAUUUCACGCUAUCUAUUGAGUUAGUUGAUCUACCCUGAUCUUUAGAAGGUUCGUUUUAAAGUCUUGGAUUAGCAAAUUUACUGUCAAAUUGGUAACGGCGGGUGGGUAGUGAAUUGAUCACAUUUGACAGCACAUUUCCUGGUCUCGGGUGAGAUAAGCUUCUAAAAAGCGGGAGUAACGUGCCAGAAUAUUGUCUACAGAAGAGACACGUUAGUUGCUACAAUCGACUAAUUCACUAGUGUCAUGUGAUGUAGUCGUAAACGUCGCUGCGACGCCGACGCCGCCGCGCCGCGAGUCGUCAGUCUAGUCGGAACGUGCGAAGUACAAUUUGUAACGGACGCACAAUGCGAAUAAUGGAAUUGAGAACGCGGCGGCGUCGGCGGGCGGAGCGUUUAAUUUAGUCUUUACGUCGUAGUUUCUUUAACAAUAUUCCUUCUGCAACGGAGUGCAACGGAUAUCGGCGUGUCGCAACACGGCGGUCGUGCGGACGACGCCGACCGCUCGGCGGUGCCGGGCGCACUCGAGGUAGGCGUGGAGUCAGGUCGCGCUGGACUUACCCGUAGUGUAGCGUAAGUCUCUAUCAACGAGUUAGUGUUAGCGGGGGCGGGGCGCGCCGGGCGCCGGGGCGCUCCGCCCCUCACGCGGGCCCGCGCGGCCGGGGCCGGGGCUGUGCCGGGAGCGUUGGGGACGAAACACAAUGGUGUCAUUUACUUUUUUACGGAUAUUGUUGUUUCGUUCCCUGCACCUCCUCGCGAGCGUGGGCCCGCAGGCGCCCGCUGCGGCCGCGCCGGCUCGCGCCCCGUUAGGGUUGACCAGUGUAUGCAUUGAGUCGCUCAACUAUUUGUACAGUAUGUAUAUUUUUGUAAAAUUCAUUCUAACCGGUGGCAAUAUUAUGAAAUUUAAAAAUUUAUCUCUAAUAUUAAAACUUAGUACAAUUAUUGUUAUUUAAUAAUUUGAUCAUCAAUUCCGUUUCUGAGUUUUCACUCGAUCGUCGUCCCGAACUAAGAGUAUGAGUCGACACUGAAGGCUCGAUAAAAGUGCAACUUUGAUUCUGUUAUCGCUCGCUGAAUCCGAUGUACCGGCGGCGCCGUAGAGUUCCUCGGGCGCUCCGCUGCGGGGAUGACUUAACGGCUCUCGGUGCGGUCGACCGUCAGGAGGCAGUUCCGGUUCAUAACGACAGCAUAGAUAACCGAGUCAAGGUUCGGUUUGCGGGUCGAGAGUAUAGUUGCACGACUCACGAGCUCGCACUGGAGUCGAGCAGUAGUUCUGGCGCCGCGCGCGUCGCUUGGUUGUGAAUUAGUGUCGCUUGUGCCCCUCCCUCCCCUCCCCUCCCUUCACUCCGUCACCGCAGCCUAGCACACGUUGAGUGUUCGAUAUCGCAGUAUUUUCGUGCCAAAACACACCGAUACAGGUACUACGAGCAAUAAAGUUACAUAUUGUAGUCUAAUGAAAGCAAUAAACUACGAUUGAACGCGUUGCCUAAACUUACUCACGAUUCGAAUCGUAGAAACCUUUGCGACUCACUUCAUUGUAAUGUAGACGUCUAGUGAUAAACUAUUUAUUAAUGUGAACACGAACGUGUCUGAAACAUCUGCGAUAUACGAGUGAUCAUGGAGAUACUUAAAUCGACUUAAGGCGACGGAGUUCGGUCCUAGCUCAAUUUUAUUGAUACUUUAUUAUUAAUGAUUAUUAUAUAUUUGUACUUGCUUGUUAUUCGCCGUUGAACUGUAGUUGUUCGACCCCGGCGAGCCCGGGGCCCAUUCCCCACCUGCAGUACUCGACAUCUCGCAUUUGGACUACGGUGCUUGUUUGUAGGGGGCGCGGCGCGGCCUCAUAUCCCGACCCGACGUAGCCGCUUCCCUGUACAUAGUCCCAGCGAGAGGUGCCGGCCCGCGCCCGCCGUGUCCCCCGCAGCGUUUAAAGUACAAUUUAUUGAAUACCUUAAUCUCUAUUAUUAAUUAAUGAUUAUACACUAUUGUCACUGUUGAGCGAUGCCGCAUGUUCUCACUCGGCCGAGACCGGUUCGUGUCCGUUUUCUAUAUUUACGCUAGCUAUAACACUAAAGUUGAUAUGUUUGUACAGUUUUUAUUGAUACUUCUCGUAGUGGACUAAGCAAAAAAAAAUAUUUUUAGUAUAAUAAGAUCUAAUCGAAUUACAUCAUAGUGUAUCAUAAAGUACUCGAGGUCGUUUUUCAAAAUUUCUUUUAACUUUGUAUGAGAACUUUCGUGAGUUUUAAUUUAAAAAUAAUAAUAAUUAAUGUCUCAUCUGAAACUGACUCCAUGGAAUGUAAUUAGAACUUAAACAGGAAGAAUUUUAAAUAAUGAAAUACAACAUAAUAACGGUUAAGUAUGUAUUAUAAAUAGUGGUAAGGUAAAAAGUUAUUAACAUU